GAAAUAAAAAAGAGUUUAGUCGGGGCAAAAAAAGAAUUACUUCUCCUGGCAUGCAUGGUGGAAAAAGAAAGAAAAGAUUGUCCCCUUAUGGUUAAAUCUAAGGCGGGUGAUACUGGCAUUAAUUUGUUAAUCAAUUCCGAGUCACGCUUGGAUAACAUAAUUUUUCGUUCGGGAUUAGUUAGCACUCUUCGUUGCGCUCGUCAAUGGGUUAACCAUAAACAUUUUUUAGUGGAUGGAAAAACGGUCAAUAUCCCUUCUUUCAAAGUAGAGCCAGGUCAAGUUAUUAGUCUAAAAAAAGAAAAAAUGGCUGAAAAUAAACUGGUUAAAAAUAAUUUAGAACAGAAUAUUAAAUUCCCUUCCUAUCUAAAUUUUGACAAACAAAAAUUUACUAUUAAUUAUUUGCGUCCUCCUCAACCCGAAGAAUUAAACCAGGAAAUUGAUACUUCAUUGGUG